CCCGCGGUGUAAAGUUGGCUCUCGCGCUCUCCGUUGUCCUUAAGUCACGUUCCAUUGUCCGCGUCGUUUGUCCAAGUUCGUUUCGUAUCGUACACCCUUCACGUUUCGUUCCCGGUAUGUGGGUUUCAGUGGUGAACGUGCCGUACGAAAUAGUGCGCCAUGUUCGCGCCGCGAGUAACACGCGAUGCACCGGCUAGCGUGGCAAGUGAUGCGUUUUUCUCGUGACGUAGUUAGUGUGUGCAUUUAAAUACCAUCCUGGAGUUUGUUGGCCGUGUGUGAGUGUGUGCGUGAAUUAACGCGUCCCUGCCCGUUAGGAACGGCAAAAGUCGAGUGGCCGGGAAACAACGAGGCGAAAGCACGCUGUGGGACUGUGGAAUGCACGCUGACAGAAAAAGGAGACUCGGCGGCCGGAAGGGUUCGAGGGUAGAGCAUGAGGGCCAGCGUGGAAGCACGGAAAGACGGUUCACAGUUCGGUGAAACGGUUAAUGAGUGGAAAUCACCGAACACGGCUGGCUACGUCUCUGUCUCCCCUGGCUGGAGAUGAGCACGAAGGAGCUGAACACGAGCACGAUGACAACCACCAUGACCACCGGCACGUUACGAUCCUCGCCGAAGCUGGAUGUCGCGGCCGAGGACGACGAAGAGCCACCGACCCCGUUCGAAUCCCUGGACAUGGACCUGGUGAACGGACCGAAUCCCUGGCUUCCGGCCUACGGUUUCCAGCUACAACAUCGUACACAUUUCCAGUCCACGCACGAGGAUCUACGGGCUAAUGACACAGUAUUGGUGCAGCAGGUGGAUUUUUUAGAAACCAUUCUAGAAGAAACAUCCGACGAUUUGCAAAGCGAUUCCGACCGUAGCGGGACCACGUAUUGGGUCGGUUCUGAUUCAGAAACCGAAAGUGUGAUACACAUACGAGCGAAGCAGAAAUUAGCAGACGAGCGUCUGGAUGGCAGCGGAAGCGACUGCAACUCCGUGGUGCCGAAGAAGAGGCGCCGGAAGUACGACGGCAGCAGCGAUCGAGAUCACCAGGUGACCUUCGACGACGAGUACCCAGCGUCUCCCAGGUCGUCGAGAUCGUCGGCGUCGUCGAGAUCGAGCUCUCUGCUGCAGUUCGAGUCGCUGGAAAGAACCUGUGCCACACUGUCGCCUUCCAGCUACAGCUUCGACUCGCUGGAGUACCCUAAUCGUUCUAACGCCUCUCAUCCCGAGAACACGUCGCCGGACAGCCUCGAACAGGACUACGACAAAGUCCUGCCGAACGGGUUCGGCAAUUCUCUUGAUCACUUCGCGAGGAUCAGGCCUUAUCGCAGCUUUGAGAGCCUGGACACGUGCCAGAAAGAAGAGGGCUUCGGCCAAGGGGCUCUGACGAACGGAUUCGCACCAUUGUACCUGAAACGAAACGUGGAUCUGUCGAGAACCAGGAGCAACAAGCACUGUCCGAGAGACUUCUGGCACGAGGACGACGACGAGUACGAGGACGAGGACCUGGACGAGGACCCGUACGAGAAUGAUCGAACGUUAAACGAGAAUCGAACGAGUUCCGAGCUGGAGGAUCGACUGACGGUGUUCGGGGAUUCCGUGUGCAAUUACGCGACCUCGAUGGACUACAGAAACACGAUCGACCUGCGAGAGAUCGGCGUGGAAACGAAGAGGGACACCCUGUUGGAUCUGAAGUCUGGCCAGGCAGCAGUGUCGAGUUCCUUUCGUCUGCUGCAGACUAGGUUAAAUAUAGCCGGUGGUAUGGCGCACGCUCGCAACAACAUGGUCGCCGAUCAUCAUCCUCGUCACCAUCAUCAUCAUCAGCAGCAGCAGCAGCAGCAGCAUCAACAACAGCAGCAGCAGCAGCAGUACCGUUACGAGGAACACGAGCUGCGGCAGCACCAGCAGCACCAACGUCAAGGGUGGAGCAAGGAGGAGUGCUUUAAUUUUAGAUUCACGGAUAAAUCUCAAAGCGCGCCCAGUCUGCCUAGCAGCGUCGACGAGUCCGCACACGGUCCAUGCUCGUUAGCAGCGUAUUCAUCCUCCUCAAGGGUCACGUCUUUCGUUUCCACCUCGAACCUCUUCGAGAAUUACACGAGGGUAGCCAGUGUGCCCAUCGAUUUGAAUCUCUGCGGCGUUUCCGUGGUGAACCCGGACGACGAUGCGUGUCAUUCUCCAGUGAGCUCGGACGAUCACGAAAUGGCGGAGGUCACCGGUGUCCUGGAGAAGAAGAAAUUGGGUAGUGUGGAGGAGGUUCGACAGAACGGUGAGGAGGAGGAGAUGAAGGGCUCGUUGACCAGCUCCGUCAGAACGCAGGCUCCACAGAGUGUGAUCGUCGACGGCAAGAUGGACGCCGGGAAAGUCGUGGACGACGCGAAGGUCGAGGAAGAUCGGUGCUCGAAGCCGAAGAAACAGAUCACGUCGACGGUGAAAACGCAGGAUCGUGGAAAUUGUGUGCUGGAUAUGGCCAUCGCGAUCGAGAACGACGUAGACGGCGCGAUAGACGACGCGAUGAAGCAAUUCAAGCGAGACGUGAAAGAAGCUACCGUCUCGAACGGUAACGGUAUCCAGAGAACGCCUUCCGGUAGGCCGCGAAGGGUGAAGAACAAUGCCAGCUACGAACUGGCUCAGCAAUUCGAGGUCGACGAGAAAAGCUUUCGAACGGGUAGACUCCGCAAGGAUGUCAGCAACGAAAACGAAAAGAGCCCGAAAUCGCCGAAAAGCGGUAGUAAGAAACGAGUGUUGAACAACGCCAGUUAUGAAUUGGCCCAGCAGUGCGACUACAUAAAGGCCCUACAGUCCUCCAGAGGCGCGUUCCAGAGGAUGGACGCGUGCGACGAACUCGAAGAAUUCGCGUCGGGAAGAUCUUCGCGGCUGUGGGUCACCGACAUAGUGCAACAGAUGAGCAGCAACUCGACGUCGAAUCUCAGUAGCCAUUACAUCGACCCUUACGUGGACACCAAGAAAUACUCGAAAUCGAUGGAGGAUCUGAGCGCUCAGUUCUCCAUGGGUCCGUUCACCAGGAUCCCGAUAAACGAGCUGGGUCAGCGGCUGAAGAAGCAGAAGGACGAAACGCUUUUUGAUCAGAUAAAAAAAAACUCGGAUCCAUUUUCAGCCUAUGGCGAAGGUCCUAAAGCGCGUACCCUAGUAGACGACGAGAUAGAUUAUCCCUGCUUGGAAACCAAACCCAUAGGAGCUUCCAGCCUGGAGGGGGGCGUAUCGCGCGAGGAAACAAACGCUCGGAAACCCCAGGAACCAUCCCCAGUACACGAAAACGUUCCCCAAGACGAGUCACACAAAUGUUCGAAAACCACGAUAUCAAACGUAGUUCCGCAGAUCACGAUGGACCACGAAGCAACCGUCGAAACGGACCGUUCGAAGAAGUGUUUCAUCGGCGACUUCUAUCCGGAGAAGAUCGUGCGGCUGCAGUCGCCGGAGGAGCAGCGAUCCGCCGAAGAGGGUAGUAACGAGGAGAUCGGUCGGUCACCGUCGUCCGCGAGCAACAGAAACGCCGGCGAGCGAUUGUGGAGGGUCAUAGUGGAAAAGCAGGUCGCGGAGAAGGAAUCUUCCACGGAGAAGGUUGCGGACGAGAGAGAGAAAGAGGAGGAGCCGGAGAAAGAAAGGGAAUCGGUGCAGAAGAAGACGAAGAACGAGGCAACGGAAGCAGCGAGGGGACACAGUGUCCACGUUGUUCGUUGCCCCCCACCCGGCGGUAACGGCAGCAACAGCGACGGCCUGGAACCCGGUGAACGGAGUGGGAAUCCAGCGGUGGCCGUGGCAGUUGAUACGAAUGAUCGCGGUGAUCGCGACAAACGCGACGAGGAGAACGCCGCGGCAACAACAACUGCGCCGCCGGUGGUCAGGGUAGACCAGCCGACCACGAUGUCAGCAACCGGCACGACGAAACGAGGAUUCGUCGCGGCACACGCGAAAAACGAGCUACCGGCUCCCGCGAAAUUUCAAAGGAACACGAUCGUCGACUCGUCGUCCGCGACCAUGGCCAAGGAGGAGAGGAAAAAGGGUGGACUCGGUGGUUUCCUGCAGAGAUUCUCGAGGCUACGGUUCAGUGGUAAGUCGAAAGUGCCGCGGUCCGAGGUGCAGAAAAAAAGUGACACGCAUGGCCAAGUGAAUCGGGUGGCCGAGGAAAAGACUAAAAAGGAGCCGGAUUAUAUCAUCAUACCGUUGCAUCCUCCGGAAGAGGAGAAACGGAAGGAGAUUCAUCCAGAGAACAGGACCAACGACUCCGACAACAACAGGACUACCAGUGAUGUUCAGCGAAGUUCUUCCAGUAUCAGCGCGAACGGGAGGGCGCCAGUGUCCAGCAAGCCACCCCUUCCUCCGCAGCCACCCCGCGUCGGGGCGCUGAGUUCGAGAUCGUCGACGCUCGACGAGGCCGUGCCGUCGACCACGAGCACCGCCGCCUCCACGAACAACGCCGCCGGCAAGAAGACCAGGAGUCUGCUCAAUCUGAAUCACACCUCGACCGUCCCGAGACCCAGGCCAGAGCACGCCCUCCACGUACCCCAGUCGCCAGUCGCCGCUUCCCACAGGAGCCCCCGCGACGACGACCCCGCGUCCACCAUCAACCAACGGCCACACAAAUCCAUGGAGUUCCUCCUCGACAAGGAGAACCUGCAUUUCGUCAAGCCGCCGGAGAACGAGUUGCAGAAAGUUGGCGAACGAGUGCCGAGCGAACACGAACUCAGAGUGCAGAGAUCUCUGCAACGACUGAACGUCCCGGAUUGGUACAAGAACUCUCCCGCGGCUCGCGACGGUUUCCGGUUAAAGAGGCACUCCGAUGCGUCGCAGCACGGAGGAUGGCGUGCUCUCGGCUCCAAAACCACUUCCCUAUCGUCCCUUUCGUCGUCUUCCAAUAGACAGCCGACUACAGGUGCUCUUCUAAGUCCAAGUCCCACGCCGCCUGUAUUCUCAAGAUGGAGUACCAGCUUGCUGAACAGUGCCGGAAGUUCGCCAGCAAGUUCGGCGAGGUCGUCGUUCAACCAUCGACAGCCAUACUUAGGCUGGCGUUCACAAGAACGACUAACGAAUCCUCGGACACCGGCAGAACGUCUUGCUCAGGGCAUUCUUCCUCAGUUGCAAGCAGCAAACAAGCAACAGCAACAACAACAGCAGCAACAGCAGACAACGAAUCAGCAGCUAGAGGUAAGGAACUCGAUAAAGGAGGUAACCUCGGCCAUUGUGCACUACGUGCAAAGCGGUCAGGAGGUUGGUGGAGGUGGCAGGCUGUCGCCUCGACCUCGACCUGAAGACUGGGACGACAGGGGCGGAGCAAGGUCGACCAGCCCCAGAGGGAGCGUGAAGCUGUGUUGGAUGGAGAGCUCGUUCGUUGGCACGAGACCCGUGGACUCGCCGGAGACGCCGAUGAGCCUGGCCACGGACACCGAUUGCUGUCCCGGAUGCAACGCCACCGGCACCGAGUCCUGCAGUUGCGUCGACUCCGCGACUUCCGGUCUGUUCUUGGAUCUGACGCCGACCCGCGACGAUAACCAACAGCAGCAGUCGGCCGGCGGUGGAAGUCUCUGUCCGUCGCCGUCCUCGUCCCUCGGUUACCAUCAUCAUCAUCACCAUCAUUCUCAUCACCGUCAGCUUCAUCAUCAGCAACAACAGCAACAACAACAGCAACAACAGCAGCGUCAUCACCGCGGAUCGGGCCAGAGCGAUACGGACGAGGCGAUGGCGACGGCAGCUCUUCUGCGGAACAAACCGAGUCCCGGUUCCACCACCUUGGAGGACGUCCUUGACUCCCUCCUUGGGCUGCCAUCCGCGUCGCGUACCCCGAGUCCUGGGCCAGGUCCCGUCGUAACCGGCACGUCCGCCACCAUGCGCCAUCGAACUAACGUCGGCCAGGCUAAUGCGAAAGCCGGGAAGAGCUGCAGCGACCUACGCCAAGACCUCCAAGAGUCCGCUAGAAGCGUGAUGGACGUGCAAGGAGCCUCGUCGGAGGAGCGCAGCUCGUACUACGUUGGCGAGUUGGUGCGACGAAAGAGCGAGGGCAGCGACGCUAUACCCUCGAAAACGGGGGCGAUGCAGUCACGGGGUGGUCCGUUACGUCACCGGAGAGUAUCGUUCGACAACAAGGUAUCGUUCGACAACCAAGAGUCGAACGGUUUGAUGAGCGGUAACGCCAUGGAGAAGAUGGUGCGCUGUCGCAACAACAAGUGCAGCAACACGGCGACCCUGGCCGAGGCUCGGAAGAGCUACAAGAGUUGCCACAACUGCACCUGCCUGUACUGCUCGCGAGAGUGCAGGAGGGCCCACUGGCAGCGACACCGGAAGACCUGCCUGCACUCACGGGCGGGCAGCUUGUGCAAGCAGGUGCUGUCGUCAGCGAAGGAGGAUCCGAUCAGUCUGAAGCACAUCUCGGCGUUGGCGCGGCGCGGGUACGCGUCCCACGGCCGCGGGGCAGUCAAGUGCUUCUUCUCGAGCCCGGAGUCAGCGGAGAAGUUCAUCGCGAACGGUUUCGUGGACCUGGGCGAGCCGACCUACGUGAGGUGGUCGGACCUGCUCGCCAGCGAGAUGGGCGUAGAGCUGUACGCCGAGGUGAUCAGGCUCUGCAAGUCGUACAACCCGGAGACCAGGCUGGUGCUCUACGUGGCCGUGUGCGUGGUCAGCGAGUCCGCCAGCAGACAGCACACCUCCUCGUCCUCCGCGUCCCCUCAGGGCAGGCAACAGUCCACCUCCCCCUGCAACAUCACCAGGGAGAUGGAGUCGCCGGAGAUGCUGGUGCUCACCUCGCUGCCCGGGAACAACGGGCAGAACACGCCCAAGAAGAUCAGGGAGAUCAGCUUCACCAACAUACAGAGGCAACUGAAGCUCAGAGGCGUGUCGCUGAGGAGACACUUCCCGCAGGUGUACAGGAAGCUCCGAGCUUACGUGGACGGCACCGUCGACAAGUUUGCUCCGGUUACCAUCUAUCCCAGGGACCAGGCGUCCGGCAAAAGCUUCAUGUGCAUCAUUAUGCUCGACGUGGAGCCAGAACGCCUCCAGCUGCUUCCUACGGACUCCUCGAGGGUCAGGACCGUCGACAUCAGCGUCGAGCAGGAAUGAACGUUCAUCGGGGACGAGUUCUUAUUCGCUUGAAUGGUUUUUUUUACUCGAUUAGGAAGAUUGAUUCGUAGGGAUAUGGACGGAGUACCUUGCGUGGGACUGCGAAGGAAAUGGAGAGAAAGUAUGACCGUCUUGCGAAGACGGUUUACCAAAUCGAGGGAGGGUGGAAUACUGCGAAGAGAUUUGGGGUCUGAUGGACUCUAGUUCUUAGAUGCGUAUGCUCGCGUUUUGGGUUGGGUAGCGAUUAUCUUGGACGAUGUUGGAUUUCAUUAUGUUGAUGGUGGGUGGUACAAUUAACGAGGUACAACGUAGGCUUCCUUUAGACGCGAGUUUGGAACACCUCGAUAUUCGCUCUAAAAUGUUGGAGAUCUCAAUCUAAGAAUUUGAGAAUCGUUUCAGAAUUCUUGAACUGCCAAAUCCCAGACUCCUAAAUUCCCAAACUCCCAACUCCAUAAAUUCGGAAACUGACGAAGCCUAUCAAGGAAGCUUACCAGCAACGUAAUGAAAGACAAUACUCCAAUAACUAGGAACGAAGCUUCUGAAUGCAAGCUAAAAUGGCGUUCACUUUCAGCGUCAUGAUGCAAGCAAUGGUUUCCGUGGGCAUUUAACGAGCGUUUGUCAACGACAACUGAUGAACAUCAGUUGUCGUUCGCGAGCCUUCUUCGUGAACCUUAGAGGUACUUCUAAAGUCGCUUCGAUAGAUCAAAAAAAAAAAUAAAAUAAAACUCCUCGAUUUGGUUGUUACUCAUUGUCAGAUGUUUAUUAAUUACAUCGAUCGUCGAACGAGUUAACAAGCGAUCGUGAUAGAACAACGGUUCCUAUCGGCAUUUAGACACUGAAUUGACCUUUUAUCUUUGUAAGUCGUUUCGCGACGUUACAUGUGUUUCUACGUUGACACGGUGAGUGCCACAGUCGAAUGUGUGUAUCAUUUUAGUUUAGCGCGCUAUUAAACGUUUACCUACCAUUCUUUACAUUGUUUCGUUAUCGGUGGCCAUAACAGUGGACUUUUACAAAUACUUUCGAGGUAACCGCUGCUCUAACGCAGGCACGACUGAGUGGUGACAUUGCCGAUUACUACGGUUGGUUUGUAUACCAUGGGUUAGGUAGUAUUGGCUCUUGUUAUAUUGCCGUCGAUGGGCAAGUUUCAAAGUUUAGGGAUUUGGGAUUGUUGGGUGAGAUGUGGAAAUUGGAAAUUUAAGAAAUUUGAGGAUUUCAGGUAGAAGGGUUGAAAUAGUUGAAAGUAGAAAUUUGGGAAUCUGAGGAUUUGGAUUUUUGGGAUUUUUUUAACUCGAAAAUCAUUAACUUAGAAAUUUCUAAAUUUCACGUAUGAGAUAUACAGGGAGUCCCACUAUUAUUAUAGGUCCUUGGGGUGGUAGAUGACGCGAUUCUGAAUAAGAUUUCCCUUUGCAGAAAUGGAGUUUGAAGCUUCGUUUUUUAAUUAUUAAGGAAA